AAACUAUAAACUUAAAACCAAUGGGAGCGAAGAUAGGGAUAUUUUCAUUUUCAGUACACACCCCCUAAGUCUAACCCUCAUGUUAAGAACCAACCCCUUUUUUUAGGAAUUCUCAGUACAAUUAAAUGUUCAACAAUGUUUAUAUUACUAUACAUCGUAUUUGGAAUAAUUACCGUUUCACUUAUAACCUACUUAAUAAUACGGUUCUGUUUCGAAACAAGAAGUGUCUCAUCGUAUCCGAGAAUGGCACGUCUGAGGCAUCAUGCCGAAGUCAGUCCCGGCAAUAAUACGAACAACGUGACCUGCCCCGUCGCGAUUAUAAUUCACAGCUGCAGCAGCAACGGAAACAUCGAUUACGACUACGAUCUACCUCCGACCUACACGCACUCGGUCACCAAUUCGAGAAGCAACUCGACAAACUCCCUGCCCGAUUACCAUCAGGCCGUCGGCGGUAGAGUUACGACGAAUCCGUUAUCCGACCAGUACGACUGAAGAGUAUUUUGAAAAUCUUUCAAAGCUUGCUGUGAUAUUUUUAUAUUAUAUAAUAUAAUGCACGGAAACUUGAUAAAGCUUUCGCUCCAAUCUAUUUAAAAUCUUUACUGCUCUUUCUCUUGAUAUAAGGAUUUAAACAUCUCUCACAGUCUUCUCCUAUUUAUAGUAUUAUCUAUAUCAUAUAAUUAUAUUGAA